AUUCAUUGAGUAAUGGAAAAUUUAUUUCCUCUUAAUGAGUUCUCCAAUCUUCCUCGUUCGAAGUUCGUCAAAGUGUUUCUAUAAAGUUCAUUGUGAAUAAAGUAAUACCAUCAGGGCCCAAAAAGACGCGUCCUUGUGUUGAAAUCUCAUGCAAUUCAAUUUAAUAAUUCAUUUACGCAUAAGGAAGACCUGUUCAUCAACCAGCCUAGAACGCUAAAUCUGUGUUGUCUAUUUAGUUGGUUAAUGUGUAGCAAUACACUAAUACGUGGUUUUCAAAUAUGUCUGAGGGUCGCAAUAAGACGAAGCAUAAUUUUACGAGCUAUGUCAAAGAGGUUGCCGGUGAACAUUUUGUGAACCACGACUACAAACCAAAGCUUUUAUCAGGAGAAAUCGAGGCUGCGCGUGCAAAUAAUGUUUGCAUGUACAUAGGCCCAUAUAUCAAAGAUGGAACGAUAUCCGGAGAACGAACUGGAACAUUAUUAAUCACUAACUUUCGCCUAUCAUUCGUUUCAGCAGAAAUAGAUGAUGAACAGCUUUCAUUUCAAAGUAAUCGGUUCCUUGGAUCAUCCGACGUUUCAUUAUCGAAUAUUGAUCGAAUCUAUCACAUAGUUGAUAAGAAAAAACGGCUCAUAACCCCUCAGCUGAAAAACAGCAACAAAAUAUUCAAAAUAAGAAUAGUUUGCAAGAAUUUUAAAACAUUUACCUUUGGGUUUCAACUGUCGGAAAUUGGCAAAGGAAAAUAUAUUGCCGAUGCACUAGUAAAAUUUGCUUUCCCAGCACGGCACAAUCUGUUGUUCUUGUAUCAAUUCAAAGAAAAAUAUUACAAAGGAACCGAAUGCGAAAGUACAAAAAUGUACAACAACAAAUUCGAUUGGCUUCAAGAGCUGCAACGCUGUGGUGCCAGUGGUUGGCGUGUGUACUCUAAAGACUGCAGAGUUUCCAAUAGCUCUCUACCGAUGCACUUUGUCGUUCCAAAACACCUUAGUGAUGUGGAGUACGACAAUAUAUCCAAAAGUUUCCGUAACAAUCGAUCGUCAAUUUGGGUGUGGGGCCACAAAAAUGCUUCAUUGGUUCGACUUGCCGAGCUGAAUCCAGAUAUUACUAAUACCACGGUAGAGAACAUUCUUCUCGAGCACGUACGUCGUUGUGACCCGCAAAAGAGACAGCCGCGGUUGCUCGAAUUGUAUAAAAUUCUUCCUAGUAUACAAGACGUAAAUUUGAGUUAUAUUAAGCUGCGCGAUCUUUGUACACCCGAUAAUGAUCAACAGUUUAUGGUCCAAGAUUCACGUUUUUAUUCAAUGUUAGAGAAAAGUUAUUGGCUGCUUUACGUUUCACUAUGCCUUAAGCAUUCGGACUUAGCGGCAAAGGUGUUACGUGAAGGACAGACUGUAGUACUGCAGGAAAUCAAUGGACGUGAUAUGUGCGGAGUUAUAUCGAGCUUAGUGCAGCUGCUUCUGGAUAAAAGCUUCCGUACAAUACACGGCUUUCAAAAUCUUAUCCAAAAGGAAUGGAUAAUCCUAGGGCAUCCCUUCAGUGAUCGCCUGGGUCAUGUGGCUGCAGUAAAAUCGAACGAACGUAGCCCAUUGUUUCUAUUGUUUCUUGACUGCGUGUGGCAGCUGUUGCAGCAGUUUCCUACUUCAUUUGAAUUUUCUGAAACGUUCCUCACCACACUUUGGGAUUCACUGUUCCUGCCAAUAUUCGAUACGUUUCAGUUUAACUCCGAAACGGAGCGUAACCACGCGAUGCAUGCUGAACACAUCGUGAUUCGUCCAGUUUGGGACUGGGCCACGCAAUUCGACGAUAAAGACUUGGCUUUAUUCAUGAAUCCACUGUAUCGCCAAGAAGAAAUCCUAGACAAAAGUGGCAGAAGUAUUAUCACAUCGGAACCGCAAGAUAGCACACUUUUUACUUCAGGCCGUGGAAUUUUCAAUUCUAAUGGAUAUCCAAAUAGUCAAGAUGAAGAAACCGUGUCUUUGCAGUUUUUACAACCACAAUAUUGUCUCCGAGAUAUCGAAUUGUGGCAACAAUGUUACUUCCGGUGGAUACCUCAUCUACAGAUUAAAAACGGCGGCAUCGCUCAGAGUGAAUUGUUCAAUAGAAUACUGGUGCACAACAUUCGCAAAUUAAGCCGAAUGGUAAAAUCGGAACAUUCUAAUGAGCAGUGCCAGUCUGAGACUUUUGGCGAACCAAUUGACGCAUUGGAGCAGAUACUGUCCACAAUGUCAGUGCAAACCCGUGAUCCAGAAAACACAGAACCUUGUCUUUGCAUUAGCUCGUUCUUUCCUUUCACUAGCAUACUGCCGUCCCCACAGAUUGAAUGCUCAGAGUUAUUAAACACGAGUAAUGAAAUCAACUUCUCGCACGAUUCCAUGUAUGAAACGGCAUCACUGAAUGAUUAGCUUUGCAGGUCGUCCGUGUUUGCUUGUGCAAGCUAGGUGUAGAGGCGGCUUUUAAUCCAAACUCGUCAAAGCUGUUGUAAUAUAGUUGUAAUAUUAAUAAUUGCUGAUAAAAUGAUACUGUUUUUGUAGUAGAGUUUGCUGCUAGGAAGUGUUUGGUAUAAUUUAACUUACAGUACGUUUUUACUAAACAUCCUAUUAGAUUUAUCUGAUUUACCUAAGUUAUUUUGAACUUCUUAAAAUACAAUAUGAGAUAUAGAUCGCUCAAAAGCAACACAAUAUUUUAUCUAAAACUUGGAUUAAGCUACUAGUACCAUAAAUAUCAUAACUUAAUAAUCUAAAAUUGUUUACAUUAUUCGUUACCUCAACCAUAACAAAUUAAAUAUAAAUGUAAUUUAAUUUAAAAUAAUUAAACAAUUUAAAAUGAUUAACUAAAUAUGACACCGCUGAGCGUUAAGCAGUCGUUAACGUCACUGUCACGCAGCUGGUCUGCGUUGGAAUCCCGGGACCGGUUGUCGCGCAGCCGGCCAUGGUUUCGAUUCCCGAUGCCGGGGUGACAGGCGGGUUGGCUCGGGACCAAUAACCCCUCCCGUACAAAAAUUAACGUUUCAGAGAGCAAGCAAGAUAUUAACAAUGUCUCUGCUGCAGGCUAAGAUCGCCUAGGGGUCGUAACGCCAAAUAAGAAGAAUAAAAUGCCGGUAAAAGAAUAAAAUGCUGCCGGUUUGUAUUUUUAUGAGUAUAAAAGAGUUUCACCCACCUUUUUACCAAUCUUGUUGAAUUUGGGAUUAGCACUGACACAGGCAAUCCCAAUAAAUAAGUUUCGUUUUGAUAUGGAAAAUCCAUUGAUAACUGCCCAUUCUCGAGCAUGCCACUGAUUUCGAUCUCUUUUUUUAGGUGAACGUGCAAUAACCUUACAUAUUUUUGCUUUAUUAGAAGUCUUCCGAGGUAGAACUACAAAUUGCAAUGUUUAUGCGUUUGUCAGUAUCGGGGGCACUCUUGUCGUUCUUAGAAGAUCAAUUCGCAUUCGUUCCAAGAAAGCCGACACGUCUGGUUUGAACAUUUAUUUGUUUGGAGUGCAUGUCCGAAUUCUGUACGUAUUUAUAGGAAAUAGGAAGCGAUAGGAAACACGAAAGAAAAAAUAUUUAGUUAGUUCUUUGUUUUUCAGCAACUUUUUAAAAUCAAGAAUGUAUUCUUAAUAAACUUAAGAACCAUUACACAAAAAGGUCGUAUUCUAAUAAAAUUACAUUUUUCAAUAUGCAGAUAUGCACGAGGCUUGCUUUGCUUGUUGGCAAAAUAGGCAAAGAUUGCGAAAUUUCCAACAAAAAUAGACUAGACGACGCUGUAUAAAAACAAAUCAAAUGAAAUUAUAAGACAAAUAUUGAUAAAUGGACAAAUAAAAUGUAAAACCAGUACAACAGAUGGCAGCGUAAGUAUAAGUGCAUAUAUUUAGUUCAUAGUUACUAUUGUAUAAAUAAAACUACUAAAAAGUAAUAAACAACUAACGAAAUGUAACAGUAUUAUGACUGACUUGAAACAUUUGGUAACAUUCAACUAUGAAAAACAAGUUUUAUCAUGUUAAGAUGCUAAUUGUAAUAUCGCGUAGUAGAACAGUAAGCAGAGAAGGGCAGCAGGUCGCAUCCAUGAACGACCAUAACGUAGGCGAUCCAUCUUUAGGCAAUUACUAAACGACA